CUUUUGUUGUGACAACUUCUUUGACAGAUGUCGACUUGGCUGCUCGGUGCCGACUGCUGUCACUCUUCCUUCUCUCCGGCAAGUAGCAAACAUGGCGACAGGCACGCUUUAUACCUACCCAGAAAACUUCCGUGCGUACAAGGCACUCAUCGCUGCCCAGUACUCAGGUGCUCAGGUGAAAGUAGCCGAAAAUUUCGUUUUUGGCGAGACCAACAAAUCUGCCGAAUUUUUAAAGAAAUUCCCCAGCGGCAAGGUGCCUGCUUUCGAAACUGCUGAUGGCAAGUACCUUUCGGAGUCGAAUGCCAUAGCUUUCUACGUAGCCAAUGAACAGCUGCGCGGUGGCAAAUGCCCUUUGGCUCAGGCCGAAGUUUUGCAAUGGUUGUCAUAUGCUGACAAUGAAAUCGUCCCAGCAUCUUGUGCUUGGGUCUUCCCAUUGUUGGGAAUUAUGCCUCAGCAAAAGAACAGUACCGCUAAACAGGAUACCACCGUUAUUUUGAGUCUCUUGAACAGCAAGCUGUUAAAUAGUACAUACUUGGUUGGCGAACGUAUUACACUUGCUGACAUUGUUGUCUUCAGCAGUUUGUUGCAUUUGUAUCAGUACGUAUUGGAGCCGAGUGUACGUGCCGAGUUCGGCAAUGUAAACCGUUGGUUCGUUACCAUUCUUAAUCAGCCACAAGUUAAGGCUGUUGUAAAGAACUACACUUUGUGUGAGACAGCGCUUGUAUUCGAUCCCAAGAAAUAUGCAGAGUUCAUAGGUAAAUCUGGUGGUGCUGCUGAAAAGAAACAGCAGUCAAAGCAGAAGGAAGAGAAGAAACCGAAAGAGGAGAAGAAGAAGGAAGAAAAGCCCAAGGAAGAAUUAGAUGCCGCUGAUGAAGCACUCUUAUUGGAACCCAAAUCAAAGGAUCCCUUCGAUGCUAUGCCUAAAGGAACCUUCAACUUUGAUGACUUCAAACGCUCAUACUCCAACGAGGAUGAGUCUGUAUCCAUUCCGUAUUUCUGGCAAAAAUUCGAUCCCGAAAACUAUUCCAUCUGGUUUGGUGAAUACAAAUACAACGAUGAAUUGACCAAGAUAUUCAUGUCCUGCAAUCUCAUCACUGGUAUGUUCCAACGUUUAGACAAAAUGCGUAAGCAAGCUUUCGCCUCCGUGUGUCUAUUCGGUGAAGACAACAACAGUACAAUCUCUGGAAUUUGGGUAUGGCGCGGCCAAGAUUUGGCUUUCACACUCUCACCUGACUGGCAAAUCGAUUACGAUUGCUAUGCAUGGAAGAAACUUGAUGCCAGCUCAGAGGAGACCAAGAAAUUGGUGCAACAGUACUUCUCAUGGACUGGUACCGAUAAGGAUGGUCGUAAAUUCAACCAGGGCAAAAUCUUCAAAUAAAGGAGCACAUAAGUAAUUGAGAUUUGAUCAACAAUAAGUAGUUAUCUCACCAAGUGUGUCCUAAUUUAUAGUUAACCAGCCCUACUACCAUUCUACAACAAAUAAACAUCUAAGCUCAUGAAAUCAAUGCCUUUCUAUAACUAAAAUUUGUAGGCUUAUUCACUAUAAGCGCAGCAAAUUAAAAUCGGCCAGUUGGAAAAAUAUUAUUUAUAUAUAACAGAGAUUGUUUUUUUUAAUAAAAUUGAA